GCGCCGCGUCAAGUCAAAGAACAUCACAACAACAACCAACCCAAGUCUUCAAUACUUGAACUUUGGUUCCACUGAUCUCCACCACACCUUCACUGAGUGUUGUCGCCAAUUUGCCAUUUAUCCAGUUCUACAGUUUAUAUAUUCAAUAACGCCCAUUUAUCAGCCUAUUAAUUUUAUCUACCCCGGCUGUUGGCGCGCAUUCGUAAACUUGGCUGCCUGCGUUGAUCUGCGGCGGGAUUCGUUGGUUGAUGGCCGUGAUGACUUCACUUCCAGACCACAACGUUCUCAGGGAGAAGUCGCACCCGGUUCCAUCCUCGGACAAGAUGGCUCUGGAUCUGGGCAUCAACGGUUCCGCAAUCCACGAUGAUUCAAACCACGACACGACUCGACCCGGAUCCACCCUCACCUCCAAACCCGAUAGUACACCCGACGCCGUCGCUUCAGUAACAACUGUCAAUGGUGAUCAUAACGCGAACGCUGUUGCAGUAAACAACGCUGUGGAAAGUUCGCAUGGUGUCGCUGGCGCGCAAACAGAGGACGCGCCGCUUGUCGCCGAGAUCAUGGAGGAGACGAGCACCGCACCAACCGAGGUCGCGCAACCUCUACAAUCAACAAGCGACGCGACUUCUGCCACUGCACCUUCCCUCGACAUUGCAACUCUUUCCGCUGCCGACAACCAAAUCGAAUUAGAGUCGACAACAAUCGUACCUCCGGUUGUCUCUGCGACAGAGUCCGAUCUAAGAGAGAACCCAUCACCAGUUACACAAGAAGAAGCUGCUGCGAUCCAGGACGCGAAGACAGAUCGCGAUCUACGCGACGAGACCGAAACCCCGAACGAGCCGGUUCCUACAGCAGAAAACGAACAACCUCAACCCAGCUCCUUCAACACCUCUGUGGGCUCAAUAGAUCCACUCCCAUCAUCCGAUCCAAUUAAACCCGCGAGCAUGUCGAACCUCGAUCUCAACACCAGCUUUCCAAGCCCUGCCGUGCCAGUUGCGCCAUCCGCUGCUGAGCCCGCUCGGGAAGACACCGAGAUGGCUGACGCGCCUCAAGCACCAUCUAAGGUGUCGCGCGAACGCGAAGAAGAUCCCGAGGAUGAGCCAUCCGCAAAGCGUACCAAGCUCCAGGGUGGCGAAGGUGUUGCACCCACCGAUCUGCCAGCUGCGCAGAAUGGCGUUUCUACCCAGGCUCCUGCGCCUGCCAUCAAGGACGAUGGACCACUUACACCAUACCAAACUAAGGAGAUCGGAAAGGCACUUAGAUCGGCCAAGAGCACAAAGGAUGGCAAGAACUUCAAAGCUGCAGUCAUUGACAUGUGGCCAAUCCUGAAAGAGGGCUAUUUAGCUAAGGUCGAGAACCCAAUCGAUCUCUCCAUCAUUGAGCAGAAGGCCAAGGCGGGCUACAGCUCCAUGGCGGACUACAUCAAGGAUGUUGAGCUCCUUUACCAAAACUGCGUAACUUUCAAUGGGCUGGAACACGAGGUUACCCGUUGCGCCAUCAACGUUCGCGACAGCCUCAUGAGCAAGCUGCCCGCCAAAGAACCUCCGAAGGUGGAGAAGAAGAAGAAGGCUACUCCAGUCCCAUCUGCGCCACGCCACGUCCCGGAGAGGCGCCAAUCUCGCGGAGCCCACACUGGCGGUGCGGGGUCACCUACGACUGCCGGAGGAGCUGCGCAAACCUUUGCACUAGACCCAUCCGGAACGCCUCUUAUCCGCCGCGAUUCCACGAAGGCAGGAGAUGGUGGGCGACCAAAGCGUGAAAUUCACCCACCAAAGUCGAAGGAUCUGGUGUACAAUGCCAGACCCAAGAAGAAGAAGUUCGCGACGGAGCUCAAGUUUUGCGAGGAGGUCCUCAAUGAGCUCAAGAAGCCUAAAUACCAGGGUAUCAAUGCCCCAUUCCUCAUUCCUGUCGAUCCCGUGGCGCUUGGUAUCCCGGAAUACUUCAAAAUUGUGAAGUCGCCCAUGGAUCUGUCCACCAUCACGGACAACCUCAACAGCGGACACUACGCAAACUCCAAGGAUUUCGAGGCUGAUAUCCGCCUGAUGUUCAAGAACUGCUACAAGUUCAACCCACCUUCGACUGCAGUUAAUGUCAUGGGACAAGAGCUCGAGGCCUUUUUCAACUCUGAGUGGCAGCGCAAGGGACAAUACCUCGCUGAUCACGCAGUUUCCAGCGCUGCCACCCCCGAGAGCUCUGGCGAAUCUGGAGAUGAUGAGAGUGAAGAGGAAGAGCCCGAAGAGGACCACAACUCCGGCGCAGCAAACAUUAUUCAAGCUCGUCUCGUUGAGGAACAGAAGAAGCUUAUCGAGAUCAUGUCUGCGAAGAAGGCUGACCAGGCACUGAUCCGCAUGCAACAAGAGAUGGUCGCCAUCGUCCAGAAGCAAGUCGACGAGGUCGCCAAGCGCUCAGCCGCGAUCAAGAAGUCCAAGGCCAAGCCCGCCAAGAAGGCCGCUGGUGGCAAGAAGGACACCAAGGCCGCCAAGUCUAAAGGCUACCGCCCCAAGAACAUUGGCUUCGCCGAGAAAGAGCAAAUCUCCAACGGCAUCGCCCAGCUUGAGGGUCGCCCUAUGGAGCAGGCCAUUGCGCUGCUGAAGAAGGAUCUUCCAGACCUCGACCUCGAGAACAACCCCGAGCUCGACAUCGACCAGUUCAGCAACAGCACCCUGAGCAAGCUGCAUGAUCUCAUUCAGCGCUAUGCGCCUCACUGCAUCCCAGCGCCUGAGCCGCGCGCUCCACGCGCCCAGAAGCCCGCGAAGCCCAAGAAGAACAAGCCAAUGAGCAAGCACGAGCAGGAGAAGAAGAUCGAUCAGCUCAGACAGCUUGAGCAGCAAUUUAAGCGCCACGGCUCGUCGGAAGAGGCUAAAGUUGUGCCUUCUGUCGAGCAGUACAUGUCUUCGUCUGGAGAUGAAUCUCCUUCUGACUCGGAGGAGGAUUAGAUCUUGAGAUGCACUGCUAAUGCACGCCGCAAUCUUGCUGCACAAUCCGCCGCUUGCGCUCUUCUUGUACAUCGUUCGCCGCCAUCAAUCACAAUUACUCGCUGCCACCCCUGGCUCCGCGCGCCGCGCACCGCCAAAGUCCCACUGCUAUAUGAUCCGCCGACCCACGUCAAGAACUCGGCCCUCAGUUUUUCAAACCAUGCACGCACGGCACGGUGGAGCAGGGAGAGGAAUAUCUGUAUUUAUAGGAUUCGGUAAAGUUGUCGCCAUCGCUACGAGGGGAUGUAUAUUAUGUCACAAUUAGCUUCUUCAAGGGGAGGACAGAGAUACGGGGAGGAGGUAUGAGGAGGAUCUUGGGAGAGAUGAGAUGAGCUGGGGUGGGACGAGGAGCGCCAGACCGAGCCUGCUGAUGGUUUUCGUUGCGGAUGUUUAUUGCUUCUCCAGGCAGGCAGGGCGACUUGCGGAGUUGAAUCUGGACGGAGUUGAUGGGACGGGGGUGCUACUAUCUGGGGGUGAUUACCUGGUUGUCUGGCGUGGGGAGGGGGUUAGAUGUCCUUGAUGCGAUUGCUGAGGAAGUGGGAAGAGAUAGCUACGCGAUUUGCAUCGUCCCUUGGCCUCGACUUCGCGGUCCUACUAUGAUCAAUGGAUAUGGAGACCAAUCGCUACCAGCGCAAGCAAAUCAAAAAUGAAGAAACUGACA